AUGUCAUAAAAUACUACUACAUCGAAUACCACUAGUAAACAAAGUUUAAUUCUGAAAAGAGCGAUAUUAGGUGGAGCUGCAAGUAUCGUCGCUGCUUCAAGCACUCAUCCCAUAGACGUUGUUAAGAUCAGACUGCAAACUUAAUAUCAAUCUUAGGAAAAAGUCUAUCGAAACUUCUUUCAAUCAAUUAGAUUGAUUCAUAGCAAUGAAGGUAUUACUGGCUUGUAUAAAGGACUUUCUGCAUCAUGGGUAAGAGAAAGUAUCUAUUCAACAAUAAGAUUAGGUUCGUAUGAACCAAUCAAGUAGUUACUAGGAGCCACAGAUCCCAAUAACACUUCAUUUUUCUUGAAAUUCCUGUCAGGAGGAAUGGCUGGUAUGGUCGCUUCAAUGUUCUCAACUCCCAUGGACUUAAUAAAGAUAAGAAUGUAGGCUUCUGAUUAUACACAAUAAAGAAGAAGUAUUUUAUCUCACGGUAAGGAAAUUUACCAGAAUUGGGGAUUGAAAGGGUUGUGGAAAGGCGUAUAGCCAACAGUAUUUAGAGCAAUUCUGCUUAAUGCCACAUUUUUAGCUAGUUAUGAUCACACAAAGCACACACUAAUAAAUUACAAAAUACUUCCUGAUGGCUAAGUAAAUCAUAUGGUCUCUAGCAUAAUUUCAGGAAUAUGUAUUGCUCUUGUCAUCACACCUAUAGACCUGAUUAAAACUAGAAUCUAGAAUCAGAGAGUAGAUAACAUUAAAUAUAAAGGGAUAUUAGAUUAAAUUGCUAGAUAUUACAAAAAGAAAACCAAGCCAUUUCAUCAGCUACUAGUAAUUGGGCCAUAAAGUGCAGGGAAAACAACACUCAUCAGAGCUAUUAUUGAUAAUGAAUCUAUUAAGAUCCUAAAGAAGAACGACACUGAAAAUCCAAGCUUUAAAAUCAAGCAUGUGAGAUACACUUUAAUUGAGUAAACUUUGCAAUCUUUGUAGAGUGAUCUUGAAAAGUACCUGAAGGUAGCAGCUAUUAUAUUACUAAUUGAUAUCUCGGAUGAAAACAGCAUAAAUGAGGGGAAAGAGAUCUUGAACUUUAUUUAGGAAAAUGAUGUAUUAAAGGAAAAGCCAAUAGUUAUUUACGGAAAUAAGAUGGAUAUUGCUUCAUCCAUAACAGAAUACUAGAUUAGGAAAUAAUUUGGGUUACUGAUAGACAUGUACACUGUUUAGGAAUAGAGAGUUAAUAUAUAUCUAUGCAGUGCUUCAAUCAAUACUGGAUUUAUGCCGGGCAUUUAAUGGCUUACUGAUGAAUUUCUGAAGAAUCCAAAAUGA